AUGAGUACCGUUCUGCCUCCAAAGCUGGCAGCAGUCGCCAAUGUACCGACAGAGGUUACUGAGUCAAAGGAUCCGACUACACACACGGUUCAAACUCUGCCUCUCGGAAAGCCUAGGAAGCAUCGUCAGUUCAUAUGGGAAAAAAGAGACCACACCUAUGAUCCUGACGAUACUGCCACCCAACCCAGUGUCUUUGAUGAUCCGGAUGUCGCGACGGAGUACCAGCCUCCAAGCAAUUGGGAGAACAUCCAUCGCUUCGACCCUCUGUCCCGAUGGACUUGGAGAGAGGAAGACAAGAUCAUUAAAAAGAUUGACCGUCGUAUAUUGAUCUGGGCCUGUGUCAUGUUCUUUGGGCUGGAAAUCGACCGUGCAAACAUCCACCAGGCACUGACUGAUGGGUUCCUUACAGAUCUAGGACUAAACACCAAUGUCUUUGCUGUUGCUUUCCUCUCUGCUGAGCUUCCAUCACAGCUCGUCUCCAAGUGGGCUGGUCCUGACCGAUGGAUCCCUACACAGCUCACGCUCUGGUCCGUGGUUGCGAUGUGUCAGUUUUGGAUAUCUGGAAGGACCUCCUUCCUCAUCUGCCGCGUUCUCAUUGGAUUCUUGCAAGGCGGAUUUAUCCCUGAUAUUAUCCUGUACCUCUCCUACUUCUACAAGCAUACCGAAAUGGGAGUGCGCCUUAGCAUCUUCUGGAUGUCGAUGACCGCUGCUGAUAUCGUCGCUGCGUUCCUUGCCUAUGGGCUACUCCACAUGCGGGGUGUCCUUGGCUAUGCUGGAUGGAGAUGGUUGUUCUUGAUUGAGGCGAGUUGGCUGACUGGCACCUACAUAAUCUUGACACUGACCGUGGUGCAACAGGGUCUCCUCAGUUUGCUCAUCGGUAUUGCAUCCUUUGCUAUGAUGCCACCUGGCCCAACAGAGACAGCUAACUGGAUCCGUGGUAAGAAUGGCUGGUUUACCGCUAGAGAGGAAGAGAUCAUGGUGAACCGCGUUAUCCGCGAGGACCCCAGCAAAUCUUCAAUGCACAACCGAGAGAGAAUCACACCAAAGUUACUGUGGAAGAGUCUAUGCGACUUCGACCUGUGGCCAAUCUACCUUAUUGGUAUCACCUCCAUGAUACCUCAGAAUGUCCCACGAUCAUAUCUUACCCUCUCACUCAGGGCUUUAGGCUUUGAUACGUUCCAUUCAAACCUUCUAGUUAUCCCUUCUCAAGUUUUCACCAUGUUUACCAUGCUCAGUAUAGCCUGGCUUGCAGAUAAGACGAAACGUGUAGUUGUGCUAGGCUUCAUCCCCAUGAUCUGGGUCCUUCCCAGCCUUAUAUGGCUCCGCACAUCCUACUCUAUUGACUCGCCUCGAUGGACAGUUUAUGGGGUGAUUACUGUCCUCGUAUCAUCUCCACUGACACACCCAAUCCUCGUUGGGCUGGCCUCGCGAAAUUCAAACUCGGUCCGUUCACGAACAGUUUCUGCAGCACUCUACAACAUGUCAGUCCAAGUUGGUACCAUUAUAGGCUCAAAUAUCUACCGUCAAAACGAUCUCCCCUUGUACCGUACUGGAAAUUCACGGAACGAUCUUUUACUACCGUUGGAGAAAUGCUUCACGAGAUAA